GACAAAGAAGAGGACGAAAACCACCCAAAAAAAGUUUUGUGAGACUCAUUUUUAUAUUAUAUCAUUAAAAUGAUUUGAACUUUCGGUUUCUCAUGCAUUUAUAGUACCCUCAGCUCUACAAAAGUCCGCCAUUAUCUCUGUCUUCAAAAACUCAAAACAACAACUCCUUUCUUUCUCUCUCUCCCUCUGUUGAUCUCUCUAUUGAUCUGUAAUGGAAAGUCGAUUCAAGCAUAAGCUCUCUCGCAUGUUCCGGGGAUCAUUCGGGUCGUGCCGGACUCGAAACUUGAGUGAUGUAAUUGAAAAAUCGUCAUUGCCGCCUGAGGAAAUUAAUCACAGCUUUCACAUGACUGACCCCAUUAUUCCUCAAAAGAUUCGACCUUUUCCAUCCAUAUGUCGACCCAUCGAACAAAUCGAUAACAACUGUAUUGUUUCCACCAUGGACGUGAUGCUUCCGAGGGCCAAACUCUCCUCCUCCUCCUCCGUGGGAGCAACACCGUUCUCAAGAGUUGAUUCUUUCAGUGGCCGAAGCUGUUCUCGGGCGUCCCCUGUAUUUCCACUGAACCCAUUUUACGAGCUGAGAAAUAGUAAUUUCAGGCAGAAGAAGAGUAGUAAGAACAUUAAUAACCCUGCUAAGAAGGAAAAGAGCAAGAAGAAGAAGAAGAACCAAAAGAGCUUUAAAAACAAGGAUUACUUCGCUCCCUUCAGUUCAUCUUCUCUGGACAGUAAUCUCGGUGGGUGGUGGUUCAGCAGCGAAGACGAAGAUCGAACCUACGACGAACGAGAAGACGAAACGGAAACCCUGUUUUUCUCUUCCAAGAGCCUAUCUUCAGACUCGUCGGAGCAACGACGGCGUCGGAGGAAUCGCCGAAGUGAUAAGUCGGGUCUCCGGAUAAAGACGAGCUCUGAUGUGGGUCUUGUUCCGUUACCGGCGAGAGUAAAGGAUAGCUUUGCUGUGGUGAAGAAAUCGAGCGAUCCUCAUCACGAUUUCAGAACGUCAAUGGUGGAGAUGAUUGUAGAGAAACAGAUCUUCGGGGCCAAAGAUCUUGAGCAGCUUUUGCAGUGUUUUCUCUCAUUGAAUUCGGAUCAUCAUCACAGAGUCAUCGUUGAAGUUUUUACAGAGAUUUUGGAAGCUCUGUUCACAAACUGGGGAUCUUAAAAAAUUAAUUAAUGAAGAAAAAACGUUUCUCUGUUUUCUUCUAUUAUUAAUUAAUUUGCGUAUUAAUCUUAGAUUAAUUCUAACUUUAAUUAACUAAAUUAGAGGUUGUAUUAUCCAACAUUUUAAUCAAUUUUCUUUUAAUGUAGAAUGACUGUGGUCUUUUUCUUCUUU